CCUUCUCAGCUGUAGUCUGACACUACAGUUAACCAAGAUGGCUUGUAUUGAAGGAGAUGGUGUACAAAAUGUGGGGGAACAAAGAGCAACAUCAGAGGCAGAGAAUAAUCGAGCUAAUGCAGAAGAAUACAGUGAAGAUAAGGUCGUAGAUGCUACGCAAAACUUCUCCCCGGGUGAUAUGACAGUCUUUGGUGUAAAUCUAGGGGUUAAGCUAGAAAAAAUUCAAACCAUAAAAGCUGAUAGUGCAGAUUCCAAACUACAUGGCUUACAAAUAUACAAGGAGUGGAGAAAAAGCAAGGGACCUCAAUUGACCCAGGAAGACCAUGACCAAUUAUCUAACGCUUUUACUAAAUGUGGUCAUCGUCGUAGUGACUUGGCCCUACGUCGAAGAACUACUACUGUUGAGCUUAAACAAUCUGCUGUUUACCCAAUAUUAGAGACUCUAUUUGAUAAUCGCCUUAAAAGCAAUGUUGAUAUUGCCAAGCUCAAAAAUUUUGGCUUAGCUCUAAAAAUGGAGAGUGCUGAUAUUGAUAAUAUCAUAGUCCUGAAUCAAAAUAAAGGAGAAUAUGAAGCAGUCAUUGCUCUUGCUAUCUUUACAGCAUGGAAGAGUAACAUAUCUCCAAGUGAUGAUAAUGAUGCAAAAGCAUGUGAGAUUCUUAAUGCUGCUUACAAAGCAAUGACUGAUGAGAUGGCAACUACACCAACAUCUUUAAUGCCUGGCUCUCCUUCACUGAAUUUUGAUGCAAAAGGCACUGAUCCAAAAGACACUGACCCUCUUAUAUCUCCUAAAACAGGCACUCAUGAUACAAAAAUGACAAAUUACAAAAUUGCAGCCUGUGUUUCCUUAAUAUUCUGCUUGAUUGUUGCAAUUUCAGUAGAAGUUUCACUGCUUACACUUGCUUUCAGCUACAAGCAAGAAGAAACAGUCACCAUAUUACCAGGAGACACAAUACGUCUUCCUCUCCCAGCAUAUGUACCUCCCUCACUCGAUAUAGUGCUCUGGGGUCAAGAAGACACUUGUAGUGCAGAGGUAUUGCUAGCAAAGUGUAGCAACAUUGAAACAAGGGAAGAAGUAUUAAGCUUUCUUCCUCAUAUUGAUUUUAAUUAUCUUGUUUCUGGUUCCAGUGUUACCAUUAGUGAAAGCGUCAUAAGACCGUACGAAAUUUGGCUCUUCUCGGAAGAAGUUGAUGCUGAUUCUGCUGUUAAGGAACAGUUUCGUGGUCAUCAUUGUCCAUCUGCAACUGAUCAUGAAGCUCUCUGUGCUUUGCUAAAAGUAGGAGAAGAAGCAGUCACAAUAGAUGUUACUGAGUCUUCAUACUACUUCUUUCGCUGUGAUCAAUUCCCUUUCAAUUGCUCUCAAGUCAAUACGUGGGGCAUUAACAAAAUGGUCUAUGACUUUAAUGUACCUCCUGAUGACAUUAUUGACAGUGCAAUAGUACAUGUACAGAACAUCUCUUCCAGGAUUAGGAUAAGAUCCAGUUAUUUCUAUUCUGAAGGUUCUGUCAGUGAUCUUUGCUUGCUUGCACAGCUCAACACAACUGUGUGUGGAUCAGAUAACUUAAUUUAUCGUAUGGACAUGAUCUAUAGCUCGAUAUUCCAUGAAGUGUUGGUGUAUGCCACAAUACUGGUUGGUCUAAUCAUGACUGUCCUGCUAAUAGCCUGUCUCGUUUGGUGCUACAGGAAUAGAUGUAAGACAACUCAGUGAAUUUCAAGGAAACAUUAACUCCUUUCAAUGAAGUGUAAUGAUAAUUAUUUGUAAUAGUACAAUAGUAAUAAUAAUAACUGUUAUGUCUACAUGUGACUAUUAUU